AUAUAAAAUCAAUGAAUGAUUAAUUAUUUCAGAUUCGAAGUGGAACUUACCGAUCUCUCUUUCAUCCUGAAAUGAUGAUUAGUGGAAAGGAGGAUGCCGCAAACAAUUUUGCUCGUGGUCACUAUACUGUAGGGAAAGAGAUGAUUGAUAGAGUGAUGGAUAAAAUUAGACGACAAACAGAGUCGUGCUCUGGAUUUCAGGGGUUCUUCCUUUUUCACAGUUUCGGUGGUGGGACUGGGUCUGGAUUUUGUUCAUUGCUAAUGCAGACUCUUACAAUGGAAUACCAGAAGAAGAAUAUGUUAGAUUUUGCUAUAUAUCCAGCACCUCAGGUGUCUACUGCUAUUGUUGAACCAUACAAUACUAUUCUGUCCUCUCAUGCAACAAUGGAUCAACAAGCAGUUACUUUCCUCCUGGACAAUCAAGCAAUCUUUGAAAUCUGCAGAACCAAAUUGGAUGUUCCCAUGUCUAGCUACAAGGAACUGAACCAGUUAAUAGCACAGGUUGUAAGUUCUGUAACAGCCUCUUUAAGGUUUGAUGGUGCUCUUAAUGUGGACUUAAAUGAGUUUCAAACAAACCUUGUUCCCUUCCCAAGGAUACACUUUCCUCUUGCAACCUAUGCACCCAUAGUUUCCAGUAGUAAAACUGGACAUGAACGGCAUUCAGCAGGAGAUUUGACUGCCAGCUGUUUUGAACCCGGGAAUCAGAUGGUGAUAUGUGAUCCCAGGAAUGGUAAAUAUAUGGCUUGCUGUUUACUCUACAGGGGAGAUGUAGUCCCAAAGGAUAUUAAUGCUGCUAUUGCUGCUAUCAAAACAAAGAGAACUAUUGAGUUUGUGGAUUGGUGUCCCACCGGGUUCAAAAUAGGUAUUAAUGAUGCUCCUAUGACAACAGUGCCAGGUGCUAUUCAGGCUGCCUCCCCCAGAUCUGUUUGUAUGUUAUCCAACACUACUGCAAUAGCUGAUGCUUGGGCCAGGAUGAACUGCAAGUUUGAUCUGAUGUAUGCCAAGCGGGCCUUCGUGCACUGGUAUGUCGGGGAGGGGAUGGAGGAGGGGGAGUUCAUGGAGGCCAGGGAGGAUAUUGCAGCACUAGAAGAGGAUUACAAGGAGAUUGGAACAGAGACUUCCGGAGAAAACGAGUAUUAGAAUAGUUAAAAGAACUGACACUGUGGACUUUACUAUUCUUUAUCAGAAUUAAUAUCAUAUAAAUAUGCUUAUGAAUUAUAUUAGGAUUUUCCCAAAAACUAAAGCUUUUACCACGAGUUUUCCAGCAUAAAAAUUUAACAUCCGGGGCAAUAACAUAACACAUACAUCAUUACAUGUUUUGGGUGGUUCAAACUCAGGGAAAAGGACGCGGAAAAAUGUUUAAAGCUCACUCAGUCUCAAUAGUUAAUGCAUAAUUUUCAUAACUGUUCAUCGCAGUGCAUUGUAAGAAAGCCAUUAGUGCUUAAAUUCAGACAACGUUUACUCUGCACUACUUAACUUUGUAUAUAUUGCGUUGAUUAGAAAACAUCAUUUAAACAUAUACGUUAUUGCAAGUGACCCAUCAUUACAGUGCGGCAUGUCUGAUUCAGAACAGUACCCUUUAAACCUAUAUCUGAGCUACAAUUUUAAAAACGGUUAAAUUCUGUAAAUUCUGUUCUUUAACUAUGAGUUUACCAGAACUAGAAAUAAUAAACGUUUAGAUAUAAAACCGAGGAAAUUUACACAUAUCUAAUCCCUCAAAUAGAGAAAAUCAAUAAACAAUAAGAAAACUGCCUGAAAGCUUGAAGUUUGUUUAAUGUAAGCACUACAAUCCUGAAUAAAAUAGUGUUUCAACA